ACAUUAAAUGUAACACAUAGCAUAGCAGUUUCUUUUCCUCUUCCUUACAUUUACCAGAGCUGUUGCUUUCUUUACUUUCCUUGCGUUUGUAUUUAAUCAUGUGCUGCAUGUUUAGUUAAAUAUAUUGGACGCCUUUGAACAUCUUAGUUGAUUUUAGUGAGCUAAAGCGUCAGAUACGUGCAAUAGCCCCGAACAUGUAACUAAGUCAACAUCUGCAUCCAGUUGCCAGGCUACCAGAGCCAUCCCGUGAGGAAAACUGGACAAAACAGACCUCAGAGAUGAGCUAAAGCCACCAUACUAAAUAUAAGUAAAGAAAUCUGUUGUAAGAAGUGAUGUUGUCAUCUGAAGAGGAUAUCUCUCAGUCAUCCUCCUCCUCAUUAUCACCUCCUUCGUCCUCCACACCCCCUCUUUCCACCCACUUCAUUGGGAGAAAGGAGGACAUUGUGAAAGCGGGACGUGUGACCAAACUGGUUAAUGGAUGCAGAGAUGUACUGGUUCUGCACCAUGACGGACAACUUUACGCAAUGGACAUGCGCUGCUAUCAUGCAGGAGGUGCAUUAGAACAUGGAGACAUUGAGGAGUUUAAUGGUCGACUGUGUAUCGUGUGUCCGUGGCAUAAGUACAAGAUCACACUGGCAGAAGGGGAAGGACUUUACCAAGCUGUGGACAAUCCUACAGUGAAACCUCUGAGGACCUACUGGCGCUCCAAGGGUGUCAAACAGAGAAUUCACAAGGUGACUGAAGUCAAUGGGGACGUAUACGUGACACUAAAUGACCUCAGUGAGGCCAUUGAGUCUGAUAACUACCAGACUGAAAAAUACAGGUCUGUCUUCCUCAAGGGCCACACGCAACACGGCAAGUGACCUCAGGGAGUUGUGUUGAUAAUUCAGGAAAAUGUUUACUUACUUUAUAUGUUUGUCUUUUCAUCUGGAAAUAUGAAAAUAAGGAUAGAAAAACAAAUACAUCAUCCAAGUGCUAAGUUGUUCUUUACUUUGUCACUUUGACACUGUCAGAGAAUAAAAAUCAUACCUUUUAAAACAA